AGUAGGAGUAGUCGUCGUCGCAGUUGCAGGAGUAGCAUGCGCAGUCAUAUUUCUGAUGUUCUGUCUCAAGCCGUUCUGUUGUCAGCUCUCCCUGGCACGCAGGAUCGCGCGCGGGCGCCCACAACAAUCGCGGCCGCUGUCGCACCGCGACGAUGGCAGCGUCGAUGUGCCUCUUGGCUUUCUGGCUCGCGACGGGCGCGGCCGCGGGCGCCCCAGACCCCGAGGGGCUGCGCGCGGACGUGGCGGAGCUGCGCGAGGAGCUGCGCGCGGAGCUGCGCGAGGAGCUGCGCGCGGGCCUGGGGGCUCGGCGCCUGGAGGCGGAGCAGCUGGCGGCAGAGACGGAUCGGCGCCUGACCGGCACGGAGAGCGCGAUGACGUCGUCUUGGCUGAUCUUGUGUGGCGCGCUGGUGAUGUUCAUGCACGCAGGCUUCGCCAUGCUUGAGACGGGUAGCUGCAGGGCAAAGAACGCGUCGAACGUGUUGAUGAAGAACCUCGUGAACGUGUGCAUGGGCACGAUCGGGUGGUACUGGUUCGGGUGGGCCUUCGCUUACGGCGUUGAUGACCACACGCCCCAGGUGGAGACAGGAGGGAAUGGUUUCAUUGGCACCGACGGCUUUGCUGGUAAAGACUUCAACAACUACGAAACUGAGGGGGCCAUCGUAUCGAAUGGCAUUGCUCUCGCUUGGUUCUUCCAGUGGGCCUUCUGCACUGCUGCCGCGACAAUCGUCAGCGGCGCUGUCGCCGAGCGCGUUCUGAGCCCCACGUACGCAGUCUUUGCCUUCGUGAUGGCGUCUUUCAUCUACCCCGUGGUCGUCGCGUGGACCUGGGGCUACGGGUGGCUCAGCAAUUUGUUCGACGCCCAGAUCAUCGACUUCGCGGGCAGCGGCAUCGUUCACCUCACCGGCGGCGUUGCUGGGCUCGCAGGCACCAUCGUGUUGGGACCACGCAAGGGCCGCUUCGAGCAUCCCGAGCAGUUCGACGCGCACAGCUUGCCGCUUGUCGUGCUGGGCACCUUCAUCCUGUGGUUCGGUUGGUAUGGUUUCAACUGCGGCUCCACCCUGUCGAUGAACGAGGGCGCUGGCCUGCUGGCCGCCCAGGUGGCCAUGAACACGACGAUCUCCGCCGCGACUGGCGGCAUGACCGUCUUCUUCCUGCGGUACCUACUCUCGCACACCUACGACGUGGGCGGCCUGUGCAACGGCAUCCUGGCCGGCCUGGUGUCCAUCACGGCCCCCUGCGGCAACGUGGAGGCCGGCAGUGCCCUCAUGAUUGGAUUCAUCGGUGCUUUUGUGUACCAGGGAUGCUCCAUGCUGCUCCAGAAGCUCAAGAUCGACGACCCGGUGGACGCUGUCCCGGUCCACGGCGCCUGCGGCAUCUGGGGCGUGCUUGCUGCGUUCUUCUUCGAUUGGGGCGUCGGCUUCAAGCAUUUCCACGGCUGGAGCGGCUUCAGCUGCACGGUCGACCCAGACACGGGGAGUUGCGACGACUACGCUACUGGCAAUGUGCUCGCCGCCCACAUAGUAAUGAUCCUCGCGAUCAUCUUGUGGUCUGGGACCCUCUCCGGCGUCACCUUCUUCGUGCUCAAGAUGACCGGCAAGCUGCGAAUCGACGAGAAGACGGAAGACAUGGGGCUGGACGCCGCCAAGCACUCCCCGCCCAAGGCAUACACCAUGUCGACCGGCGCCCCAGCGGAGACGCCGAACAUGACGCCCACGACCGCCUUUGGCUGAUGCACACAAGCCAGACAUGCGUGGCGUCGGUGCGGGGUGGGACCUCGCACCUGCUCAUUCCAGGAUCCAAGAACCAGCGAUCGUAAAGACUAGAAUUCGUUUGCUUUGACUCGGCGUCGAGGAACCGUGCGCUGGCCAGGGUGGGGCGUUUGCCUCAGCCGCGAUCACCAAAGCGCGCCGCCAACGCUUCUAUUGUGACAUUUCUUUGAGUCGGAGGCAUUUGCCGUGGGACGGAGUCCCAGCAUUGCUCUGCUUGGCUAUUUCGCCACAGCGGCGCGGUUCUCCCUAAAAGUGGGAGUCCCGCGCCGUCACGGCCACAUGCUGGUGUCGGGUUACUUACGGUAGAGUUCCGCACCGUGCGGGGUGGAGCCCCGCUCCAGACGAGAGGCUGGGGGGAAGGGCAAGGAGCCCUCCCCAAUGCCAAGAGACGCUGUCACUCUGGGCACGAGCAGGGAGGGUAGGGAGUAGGAUUUGAGGGAUCGAGGUGCCCCGCCCAAGGAUUCUUGCGGCUAUUGUGGCCCGGCCGAUGUCCCAAACAAGAUGUGUGCUAUCGUUGACCACAUACAGAGCGAUCUUCGAUUCUGGAUUGGCGAGCUACGUGGUGCAAGCUAAGUCAGCGGUGCAAGCUUCGCGGUGCACGAUAUGGGGCGACAGCUCUGUGGUGCAAGCUGUGUGGUGCAAGCUGCCUGCGUGGUGCAAGCUGUGUGGUC